AUGCAACAUCUCAGUAUCAUACACUCACCAUCAUUCACCUUCCUCGUCGGCCCACGACAUACGAAGCUGACAAUCCAGUCGGGGCUCGCUCAACAUGUCUCCAAACCACUCCAUAAUCUCAUGAACGGUCCGACGAGGGAAUCCAAACACCGAAUCGCCGUUCUGGAAGAAGACGAUGUCGAGACCUUCGUUGCUUUCUGCGAGUAUGCAUACACCGGCGAUUACAAUGUGCCUAGUCCCGAGCGGGAGAUCCAGGAAGACCACAGGCCUGGAGUAGACGCGCGCUCGCCGAGUACCGCCACCUGGAGAGAGAAUUACCGGUCUGGUUCAAUAUCGUCGACUGUGCCACCCCCAGCUCCAUCACCGCCGCCGCAAUUUCGCCAUCGGGGACAAGAAGCGUACCAUCAGCCUGCAUUUGAGCCCGAGCCGCCAGUGCCUCAGCCUGUGUCUGAGCCUGCGCCCGCCGAGGUCAGGGAACCAGUUACUCCAACCCAGGCGACAGAGCCUGAGGCCCAGCCGGUUCCAGAACCCGAGGCUUCAAUCGAUGUAGCAGCGCCAGAGCCAGAGCCGGAGACAUACCACAAAGCGGAGGCUGCACCAGAGCUACCAGCCGAGGAUGUGCCUCCUGCCGACGAUGAGUGGGCAGUUCCGACCGAGGAACCUGUGUCACGGGAGCCAGAAGAACCCAAGGUGAACAGAAAGAAGGUAAAGAAAGGGAAGAAGGGCAAAAAGCAAGCAGAGCUUGUCGAAGAAGAACUUUCCGCACCAGCUGAGCCUGUCCUUACGCCGCCAUCAACACCACCCCCAGAAGUUGCUGCCGAGCCUAUCCCAGAGCCAGAAGCAGAGCCGGCUGAAGAAUUGGCUCCAGCAGACCCUGCCCCAGAACCAGAACCAGAACCGACUGAAUACUGGGAACAGCCAGGUGAAGAGCCUGCACCUGCAACUGAAGAGCCUGUGCCUGCAGAAGAACAGCCUGCGCCUGGCGCGGAACCGAUGGAAAAUCCAUGGACCCAAGAUAGAAGCCCAGGCACCAGCAUUACCAAAAAACAACCACAAAGACCAAUGCUCGACAUGUCCUUCGCCCAACAGCAAGCCUCCUCUCCCUGCGAACCCGGCCUCAGCCUAUGGGACGAGUUCACUUCGCUACAAUACGACGAUGUACCAACCUCCAAGCCCACCCCAAUCGAGACACCGAGCACCGAGCUGCCCUACAUCACCUUCCACGCGAAAGUCUAUGUUUUCGCAACAAGGUACCUAAUUCCCGCCCUCGCCCAGCUAUGUCUCCGAAAGCUUCAUCGCGACCUCCUCCUCCUGUCAUCGACGGACUUUGAAACCGCCGAUCUAGGCGACUCCCAAAUUCUAGACGGCUUGGCAGCAACCAAGGCGCGAAUGGUGCUGGAGCUGGUGCAAUAUGCAUACACAAAGACGGCCCGACUGGAGCCGAUCUCGCCAACAUCCGCGACACAACUUCGGGAGAACCAGCUGCGGCGAUUGGUGGUGCAUUAUGCAGCGUGCAACGUGAAGGAAUUGGCUCGGUAUCAUUCGGCAGAGGAUUCAGUUUCGGCGACGCCGUCUUCGCGGCCCGUGGAUGCCAAGACGGAACGGGAUGAGAAUUCCACUUGCAAUUCCCCGAAGAGUCUUCGUGCUUUGUUGGAUUUGACGACGGAGCUGGCCUCUGAUCUUGUCUACCGAAUGAUGUGA